CGCUGUGAAUCACGUGUUGCCGAACACUAACGAAGUUGCGGCAGCGCUCGGGAGAGAGACCCCGAGCUAUUCCGAAUGGUUCCGAAGCCGCGUCGCUGACAGGGCGGGGGUAGUCGAGCGGUUCCGAAGGCGGGGCAGCUGGUGCCGAGCGCGGCAAGGCCGGAUGUGAGCGGAGCGGGAGCUUCCUGUUUCCUUGCAGCGCUCUGCUCUCCCCGCCUUGGGUGGUGGCCGCUGCCUCGUCCCCGCUUCUAGGCACUGAGGGCGGAGGCGGCCAGACGCCGGUGCGGACCCGCAGGCCCUUAGCCUCACGGACCUUCCCGCCAAGGUAGCAGCAGGAGCCGCAGAGACUCGGCCCCGUAGCAGCCCCGAUGCAGGCCAUCAAGUGUGUGGUGGUGGGAGACGGUGCUGUAGGUAAAACAUGUCUACUCAUCAGUUACACAACCAAUGCAUUUCCUGGAGAAUACAUACCCACUGUCUUUGACAACUACUCUGCUAAUGUAAUGGUUGAUGGAAAACCAGUCAACCUAGGUUUGUGGGAUACAGCUGGACAAGAAGACUAUGACCGAUUACGUCCAUUAUCCUAUCCACAAACAGAUGUCUUCUUAAUUUGCUUUUCCCUUGUGAGUCCUGCAUCCUUUGAAAAUGUUCGUGCUAAGUGGUAUCCUGAGGUGCGACACCAUUGCCCUAACACUCCCAUCAUUCUAGUGGGUACCAAACUUGAUCUUAGAGAUGAUAAAGACACUAUUGAAAAGCUGAAGGAAAAGAAAUUGACUCCAAUCACCUAUCCACAAGGCCUUGCCAUGGCAAAAGAGAUUGGUGCAGUGAAAUACCUAGAAUGCUCAGCACUUACACAGCGAGGCCUCAAGACAGUAUUCGAUGAAGCUAUUCGAGCAGUUCUCUGCCCCCCUCCUGUAAAGAAGAGGAAGAGAAAAUGUCGUCUGCUGUAAAUGUUACCCUGCCCCACCCCCACUCCGAACCUUGUGUGCUUUGCUCGGAACAAGGGAGCAUUCACAUUCAAUGCCAAGUUUUUCUGUUAUAAAUUAGUUCUCUUCCAUAAAAUUUUUGAACCAAUCAACAAUUUCAUGGUUUCAUUUGUUUAAAGUAUGAGAACUGCUUUUCAAAUUCUACUAAAAGUGAAAUCCUAAAAAAUGACAAACCUAUGUAAAGCCUUAUUUUUAAAGUCCUAUUCUUGCUCAGAUUAAUCAAGUGUUGCCAAACUAUCUGCUGAAUUAAGUUGCGUUGUGCUAUGAACACUAAGCACUAAACUAUUUUUAAGACUCGUCUUUAAGAAAACUCUAAUGUCUGUAGGAAAUGCAAAACACUCUAGUUUUUCACAACUAUGUAACAGUACAGUAUCCUUAGGAAAAUGUUUCAGUCUAAUGUAAACAUUUUCUCAACCUGUGGUUGUUGCAUAGCAUUGUAUAUCCAACCUAAAUGAUUAAGAUAAUUGACUAUAUGACUGACAACCUUAGUCACAGUAAAAAAUGCUUUAUCCCUGGUAAGGGCUCGGUUACAAUGUAGUUCUUGCUGCUGUGAUUAAAAAUAAAUAUUCUUACUGAAGUAUAUGUACUCCUCUUGACAGCAUUGUAUUGUGAUGGGUAGGUGAAACACAUCUGGUUUGAUCAAGUGAUGUUGCCAGACAGUAUUUUGACACUGUACAGACCAAUUUACACUACAUUGUCAACUGAGUGGUUAAGCUGAAUAGAUUUUUGUCACAGGUAAAAUCCGUAACAGUAAAAUUAACUUGUCACAAAUAUGCAGUAGGUGAAAAAGUGGUUGGUGUUUAUAGGUAAGUUUUUUGAAUUAAUUUUCAAGUAGGGCACAACUUUCAAACAACUUUGAACUGGUCCAUUCCCACAGAUGUUAUAUUUAGUAAAUGCUUUUCUUGUAGAAUUUCUUCUUCUUGAGCAAUAUAACUUGUAUUUUAAAACCUUUCUGAUAUAUUAGCAUUUUGUGCUUUUUGUAGAUUAGAAAGUUUACGCAUAUCCUUAUUUUCCUGUUACUUCUGAUCCAGUAAGUUACGUGCUUUCUGAGGAGCUUUCUUUAGUCUUCUAGUCAUUAGGUGUAAAAAUCAUGUGAAACAGCUUUACAAGUUUUAGUAAUUUUUAUACUUUUGACCUCCUUAAGCUCUGAACCUUCUCAAACAUUACUUUGCCAGGUACCCCAACACUAACAUGACUAAUGUUGACAAUUGUCCUUUAGCUCACCUACAUGUGCAUCACAAUGAUUUAUCUGGUAAUGAUAACUUGGGUCUGUGAAGUUCUGUAACUUAGUGCUAACAAUGUUCUGUACAUCCUAAACUGGCAAGAAUACAAUGUUGAACUAUACCCUUUCAACCACUAGAGCAAAAUUUAAAAAUCAAGUUGCAAAAUUGUGAAGUUUUUCCAUUGAUCUUUUGCUAAUGCAGUUAGCAGUAUGUUUUGCAUGUAUGACUUAAUAAAUUCUUGAAUCAUG